AUGUCUUUCCAACCUCCAUCCACCAUCGAUGUCUCCCGACACCAUAUCCCUGCAUGGGGACGAAUCCCCAAUACCUCGAUCCAGAACAAACCUCUGUUGAUCUACCAUUCCGCCUUCAAAGCCUCCGCGCCCCAGCUCUCAGCGCACUUGAAAGAAGUUGCUGUCGUUGUUCCGCAGUGGCGCUAUACCAUGUACCGCCAAAGCCACUUUCAUUCGACAAGCCACGAAGUCUUGGGUGUUGUGUCUGGACGCGCGCGUCUAUGUUUUGGGGGUGAAGAAAAUCCUGGUCGCGCUGAACCAGUCGUGGAAGAGGGAGAUCUGAUAGUUGUCCCUGCUGGGGUGGCCCAUCAUUUGUUAGAAGACUUGGAUGGUAAUUUUGCGAUGCUAGGUUCCUAUCCAACUGGGAAGAACUGGGAUAUGUGCUAUGGAGUCGAGACAGAGGACGAAGACGAUAUCAAGGAAAACAUCCUACAGCAGUCGUGGUUUGACCAGGACCCGCUAUAUGGUAAGGAUGGUCCUGCUAUUCACGUGUAG